AUGUUUGGGCAGCCAUGAUCCCAGUCACGAGGAUCUGAUUGUUUCUGACAGGCUCUUUGACUCAGUGGCCAUUCUUGGCAUACGGUUGCGUUCUGAACUAUGAUUACGCUUCUCCGGGUGUAGUUUGAAGGCCCCAAUUUAAUUAUUUCCGACCUCAGUUAAGUGCCAGGAUGGAUACAUUCCACUCUACUUGAUUCAGGAACUCCUUCUCCGCCCUCUUCCUUAAGCAUAUAUGCUACCGACGCGGAGGGCGCCUCACUCGCUCGACAGGUAGCAAGACCAGUUGUGCUUGAGGACUGCGGGCGAGUCUUCAUGCUUUGGCUCCUGGGGUGGGAGAAAUACUCCUUGUCUCUUUAAGGGAGUUCGCGCAUAGUAAAGUGCCAAAGCAGAAGGUGAACCCAAGUGUCGCGAGAACUAAAACCACCAGCAACUUCUCGCGAUGUUUGGCUCCGCAAAGGGUGGCCAUUUUGGAGUCCACCCGGUGGCCGGUUGUCCCGGCGGCGUUUCCCAUCCUGCUGCCGGGACCAAAGCUGGCCCCGCAGGUGACUGGCCUGCGGGCGGCCGCACCGACACGAUGUGGCGGCUCCGCUGCAAGGCCAAGGAUGGCACCCAUGUUUUGCAGGGGCUGUCCAGCCGGACCAGGGUGCGGGAACUCCAGGGCCAAAUUGCCGCCAUCACCGGGAUCGCCCCCAGCGGUCAGCGAAUCCUCGUCGGAUUCCCGCCUGAGUGCCUGGAUCUCAGCAACGGGGAUACCGUUCUGGGGGACUUGCCCAUCCAAUCAGGUGAUAUGCUGAUCGUUGAAGAAGACCAAACCAGGCCUAGAACUUCACCUACAUUUACAAAACGUGGUGCUCCUAGUUAUGUCAGGGAAACUUCUUUGCCUGUGCUUACCAGAACUGUGGUCCCAGCAGACAACUCUUGCCUCUUUACGAGCGUGUACUAUGUCGUUGAAGGAGGAGUCCUGAAUCCAGCUUGUGCUCCCGAGAUGAGACGCCUCAUAGCACAAAUUGUUCACUCUGAGAUGCAUGGUGUGUCAGAAGGGAUUAACUGGCCAAGCAGAAGCAAGGGACCAUGCCAAGGAAACGGGCCAUACCAACUUCGGAGAAGUGUGAGCUAUGCAUGAUGAGGGUUGAAGCCUACUACCUCACAGAUCCAGAAGGCUCUGGGUUUUCCAAUAAGCUAUUCAUAACCCUUAAUAACAAAGGACACAAUGCUCAAACCAUCCUUUUAACUAAUACCACUAAGACACUGAAAUUCCUUGUUAAGAUUAAAAUUAGUGUGCAAGUUUACAGAUGUGUGUCUACAGUGGUGAUACAUGCCCUCUGCUGGGGUGACAGAAUAGGUGGUCCUCACUACCUACUGACACUAACCUGAAAAUUGAGCUUUACUGUUACAAACUAGCACCCAGCAGCUUUAACUUGGUAGAAGAAAACAACAUGACAUUUUGGGUAAUGCAGAAGGCCCUGUGUGAGGCCACAGGACAUACACCACAGUGUCUCCAGUAACUGAGCUCUUCUAACAACUCUGAAGGAGUUAAUAGUUUCUAAAUUACGAAUUGAUUCAUCAAACGAAGAUAUAAUGCAGAAUUGUCAAAACUGAUUUUAUAUUACAAUUUGAUAGACUUUAUAAAUGUGUACCUAACCACUUAUAAGUAUAUAACAAGCAAUUUUUACAGGGAUGAGUCUAUUCCUUGAGAAUGUUAUCUAAAAACAGGAACUGGUAAUGCCCUGUUUAAGAUUUCUAGUGUAUAAAAGUAGAAUGUAUGAGGGAAAAGGUGCCUGACUGAAGCAGCUUACUAAAGCUUUAAAAGACCAUUGGCC